AUGAACUGUAUCACUUUCUUUUUCUUCUUCAUUUACAUUUUUAUUUUCUUGUUUUUCCUUAUCAUUUUUUCUUUAUUCUUCAGUACUAUUUUUGUCUUCUUCUUCAUUACCAUUUUUAUUUUCUUCUCAGCUUCUUUAUUUUGGUUCAUUUUCAUUUUUAUUUUUCCUUUUACUUCGCUUCCAUUCUUGUUUAUUUCUUCUUCACUGCCAUUUUUAUUUUUGUUCUCUUCAUUUUUAGUUUUAUUUUCCUCUCUUCUUCCUCACUUCUAUUUUUACUUUUUUUUGUCUUCACUUCUAUUUUUAUUUUUUUCUUGCCGUUGUUUACUGAUCUAUCUAUCUAUCUAUCUAUCUAUCUAUCUAUCUAUCUAUCUAUCUCAGUCUGUGUAUAUCUAUCUCAGUCAUUUUAUAUCUAUCUAUCAAUCUAUCUAUCUAUCUAUCUAUCUAUCUAUCUAUCUAUCUAUCUAUCUAUCUAUCUCAGUCUGUGUAUGUCUAUCUCAGUCUGUUUAUCUAUCUAUCUAUCUAUCUAUCUAUCUAUCUAUCUAUCUAUCUAUCUAUCUAUCUCAGUCUGUGUAUAUCUAUCUCAGUCUGUUUAUAUCUAUCUAUCAAUCUAUCUAUCUCAGUAUGUGUAUGUCUAUCUCAGUCUGUUUAUAUCUAUCUCAGUCUGUUUAUAUCUAUCUAUCAAUCUAUCUAUCUAUCUCAGUCGGUGUAUGUCUAUCUCAGUCUGUUUAUAUCUAUCUAUCUAUCUAUCUAUCUAUCUAUCUAUCUAUCUAUCUAUCUCAGUCUGUGUAUAUCUAUCUCAGUCUGUUUAUAUCUAUCUAUCUAUCUAUCUAUCUAUCUAUCUAUCUCAAUCUGUGUAUGUCUAUCUCAGUCUGUUUAUAUCUAUCUAACUAUCUAUCUAUCUAUCUGUGCGUGUGUGUAAAUUAG